AGCACCGCCCUCUCGAGCUGCGCAGUGUCAUCGAUCUCGCGCACUGACGAGCCCACACGUGCACAUGCGCAGUCGGAUUUUAUUGGAGGAAGCGGGUUUGUUUUGAUUUUGAGGGCUAAACAACGUCCACAUGCACGGCUACGUUGACUGCCACUGUCACAUCUCUGCGGGGGAUUUUGACAAGGAUGUAGAAGAGGUGAUCGAAAAUUCAAAAAAGGCUGGCUUGUUGGCGUUAUUAGCUGUGGCCGAGCAUUCAAGGGAAUUUGAGAAGAUUAUAGAGUUGUCACAGAGGUUUCCAGGUUUCAUUUUCCCCUGCUUAGGAGUUCAUCCUGUUCAAGAAGUAUCCCCCGAGCAGCAGAGGGGUGCUUGCCUUCAGGAUCUGGAUGCUGCUUUGCCUAUCAUAGAGAAAUACAAAGACCAACUUGUUGCCAUUGGGGAGGUUGGUUUGGAUUUUACACCCCGAUAUGUCAGAAGCGACACCGAUAAGGAGAAUCAAAGGCUGGUCCUGAUUCGUCAAGCACAGAUAGCCAAGGAGCUGGACCUCCCGCUAAAUGUUCAUUCGAGGUCUGCAGGAAGACCCACCAUUCAGCUCCUGAAGGACCAAGGUGUCAGAAAAGUCCUUCUUCAUGCUUUUGAUGGGAAACCGUCUGUUGCUAUGGAGGGAGUGAAGGCCGGCUAUUUCUUUUCUAUCCCUCCAUCCAUAAUAAGGAGUGAGCAGAAGCAGAAACUUGUGAAACAGCUGCCGUUAGAGAACAUCUGUCUAGAAACUGAUUCUCCAGCUCUCGGCCCAGAAAAACAGGUGAGAAAUGAGCCAAAAAACAUUUGUGUGUCUGCCGAGUACAUCAGUAAGAUCAAAGGGGUGUCGCUGGAGAAGGUGAUGGAGGUGACGACACAAAACGCUCUCCAACUCUUUCCGAAGCUGAAGGCUGCCAUCAGACCUUGACGGAGAGCACAAAGAAUAUUUUAUCUAUCAAAAAAUGCCUUGAAGGAUUUGCCAAGGAAAAAUUAUAUAUAUGAUGGAAACAAAAUGCCCUACGGUGUAAAAAGCAAAACAAAAACAUGAGAAAAUAAAGACAAGUUUACAAACUCGCA